AUGGAAGAUACACUGCAAUCAUUAACAAAACAAAUAUCAAUACUUUAUUCUUCACCGAAACUUGAACCAUAUUAUCUGGAAUAUUUUACGCAUAAAGCAAAAAAUACUAAAUUAGAUGAGAAUACACCAGAAGUUGUUAAAACAGUUGAGAAAGCAUGUAAUGAAUUAGGUAUAAGAACCAUUUCAAGAUUUUAUAAAGUAGAAAGUGAUUAUUAUGAAUGGGAACUUCAGAGACGCGCAUUUCGAUUAGUUGCACCGUCAAUUGAUCAUCUUUGUAAAAGUGUCAUCUUUGAAAAUACAAGAUGCAUACAUGAUAAUAUUGAUGAUCCAUUAAAUUCAAAAUAUUAUUGUGUAAUCGUUCAGUAUAUUGGAUCCAUUAAUACUCAAAAAUUAAUGAAUUUUGUUCGCGGUUUAAAGAACAAAUCUAUUAGUAAAAAGAAUUAUAAUUUUCGUGUCGCUGAUGCAGAGAAAUCGAUUGAAUUGACUGGAUUUGAGAAUAAUGGCGUAUCACCUAUUGGUAUGAAUAAAAAAAUCCCAAUAAUUAUUUCCAAAUCUAUAACUGAAUUAAAACCUCCGAUAUUUUAUAUUGGUGGUGGCCACAUUGAUUGGAAAUUAGCUUUACCCAUAAAAAACUUCAUUAAUGCUACAAAAUGCUUAAUAGCAGAUUUAACAUAG